CAUCGCCGUUUUGUAUAAAAAGGGAACAACUCUGGGAGGAGUAUCUUCACAGCAGUGAGGAUUUUGCUGUGGCAACAUGAAUAUCAUCAUCUUGCCUCUGCUAAUCGCUAAUCAAUUAAAUUUGAACAAUGAAACUUGGCGACAUGGGCCAGAGAUACGUUACAAUGUAACGUACAAUGCGACCACAAAACAAUUAUCUGAUGUUACAAAUGGAAAAGAUCGAAUGGGUCUCUACAAUUUGGAAACUCAACUCAAAUGUUGGCCUCGUGGAUCGAAAAUUUUCAACUGUCGAUUGGACAAACCGAUGAGUUUUGUCAGCUUCUUCAACUCAUCAACGGAAAAGCCACUGGUGUCGCCUUCUGAUGAUGGAGAAGAACAGCUGGCGAAGUACAACUUUGAAAUGAAAUUCAAUCGAUUCGGGAUAAAACAAUUGUUUGUUCCUUCGUCCAUCUCGCCGAUGGUCCUGGAUAUGAUCCGAGCUAUUGCAAAUCAAUUUCACACAGGAAUAGAUCUCACUGAUAAAUCAGAGGGCACAUACAGGGCUUGGGAAAAUUUCACCACAGGUGAUUGUUUCACUUCUUACACAGUAAAGCUGUCUGACGUAAAUGAAAAAUCAAAACUCGAUAGUCAAUCGAAUAAAUGGCAGCCUCAAUUCACCACUAAUGUAAGGAAAAUACGGAAUCUGGAGAAGUGCAGGAUGACGGCACCUUAUUUCUUCGGCAGUCGAGAAAGCUGGCGGGAUAAUCAGAGACUUAUCAUCAAACUUAAAUCAUCAGAGAGUUCAAUAAUUGCUAACGAAACGUACUUCAGUUCCGCCACUGAAACACUCCUAGAGCUUGACAAUACGAAAUCUUUACCCUCUGGAACAACAAUAAUGAGUGAAAACAUGUCUGUCACAUUGGAUUCAGUAGUUCCAGCGGAGGAGGAAGUGAAAAAAAUAAAUGAUCCAGCAUCCGCUGGAAUAGUCACUGGAAAAUGGAUCCACGAUGACUUCUCCAAAGAGAGCAUGAGUGAGGAAUGAUAAUUCAGUGUAACUGAAAAUAUAGUAUGCAUAUGGCUGUAUCAAAAAAAAAACUAAAGAUAAAACUGAAAACAAAAAUGUAGCCAUUGUAUAUGGAAUAAAGGGAACACGACGUGUGCGUCGUGCAAUCAA